AUGAGCGGAAUCUGGUAUAAUAGUUUUAACACGAAUCCUGGAAGACUCAUAGCAACUAGUCUUUUUGGUUGUGUUAACAACCUAUAUCAAAUCGCAUUAUUUGAUAAAAAUGAUAAACCGACAAAUUAUUAUAUUACCGUUGAUGAAGAUGAUCGAAAUUUGAUUAAGAAACAUAAGUGGUAUCUCACGAAUGAGAUUGUAGUAAAUGAGAAUGGUGUUGCUUUAACAGAAUUUCUUAUCGGUGCCAGCAAUGUUAAACUGAAGGAAGGAAAAAAAUAUUUUUCACGAAAGAAUCUCGUGAUUUGUG